AUGGUGGAUCCACGCCCAAUGCUUGAAAAUGUCCGCGACUUGGCAGGCGAAGCAGCUCGUCAUCAGCUCCGUUUUGCUAGACAAGCAGCAAUCCGUAGUGGACUCUACUUGCCACCACUGCCAGUGCCACACUUACUCUUUCCAAACCUCAACCAUGCUCCAGAAGCGGACCAUCGUCAGGAUCUGUUGGCAGAACUUCGUGUUGAGAAUUUCCGUAUGCAGCAACAGCAUUUGAAUGAAGCUGAGAACAACGACUACCGUCCAAUGUCUCCAGAAAACAGCGACAAUGAAGAUGACGAGGUGAUGGAGGCUCAUCAGAGACAGCGUCGGAUGAGACGUCACUGGAGAAACUACAUGCAUCAGAGAGUCGAUCCAAUUCCACAAGGAAUCAUCGAUCGCCUGAUGGAGGAACUUGAGAGAGAGGCGCGUCGUCCACUUCAGAAUCGUCAGAACCAGAACAAUAACAAUAACAACAAUGUUAACAACAACAACAACGGAAACUACCGUAACUUCAAUGGAAUGCUCUCUCCGCUACCAUCUCCAGGAGGAUCGCCACCGGAGUCUGAAGAUGAGGAGGAACCAGAGGAUCAAGCAAGAGCCGCCGAUGCUGAUGUUGAAAUGUUGAAUGUGCAGUUCAUGGAAAUGCAACCAAAUCAGGCACGAUCACGCAAGCGCCAAAACUCCAAGGCACCAGUUGCCAUUAAGAAGAAGAGAGUCACUUUCAAGAGUGAGUCGGCAGAUGAGGCUGCUUACUCUGACGACGAUGACAUCUAUGACAAUAUUCCAAAAGUUGCAGUUUACCAAAAACAAAACGAAGAUGACGAUGAGGGAUUCUUCGGAGGACCAUCUCGUCGGCAACAAAACAUCCGCUGCGCUUGA